AUGGCCGACCAAACUUCCCAACCUUCCACUUCACCCUCAACACCUUCAAUAGACCAACUCUCCAUGCGAGAGGUAGCAUUCCUUAUUGCUAGUCGCCGUCUUGCUGCUCAGCCUCACACUUUCAAGAGGGGGCAAAGUACUGAAAGCACCCCACUCCCAACUCCAGUAGUCUCCACUGAAAGCGAAAAGAAGAGACGAGAUGACAAUGAGGUAUUCGAAAAUAUUCUGAGUAACCUGGAGGAAGGAGGAGGACUGCCCGAGGCUGGGGUUGUAAACCAACCACUGCUUAUGGAGGAGGUGACGGUGGUGAUGACGGAGGAAGUGGCAGUGGUAGAGGAAGUGGUGGAAGAGGAGACAAGGAGAAGCACUCUGGCCAUAAGGGAUCCUGAGGAAACUACGCAAGUAGAAUCCUAUGAAGAACCCAUCAGAAUCGCGUUAGAGAAAGUUGCAACAGAGAAGCAACUAGAGGUGGAAGAGGAGAAAAAGAAAAAAAGAAGAGGGGGCAAAGAAGGAGGAGGACUACCCGAGGCUGGGGUUGUAAACCAACCACUGCUUAUAGAGGAGGUGACGGUGGUGAUGAAGGAGGAAGUGGCAGUGGUAGAGAAAGUGGUGGAAGAGGAGACAAGGAGAAGCACUCUGGCCAUAAGGGAUCCUGAGGAAACUAUGCAAGUAGAAUCCUAUGAAGAACCCAUCAGAGUCGCGUUGGAGAAAGUUGCAGUAGAGAAGCAACUAGAGGUGGAAGAGGAGAAAAAGAAAAAAAGAAGAGGGGGCAAAGUACUGAAAGCACCCCACUCCCAAAUCCAGUAG